AUGGUCUUCAAGUCUUACUAUCAGUGGGCCACUUUGGCCCUGGCUGCCACUGCUACCGCGCAGACUACAACCAGCUGCAACCCUCUCAAGAAGACUUGCCCAGCGGAUACUGGUCUCAACAAGUACCGUUACAACACUGACUUCACUUCCGGAUCUCUGGGUCGUUGGAACACCACCGCCGGCACUGUGACCAGCACCGACCUCGGUGCCAAGUUCACCAUCUCCGAGCAGGGCGACGCGCCCACCAUCGAGAGUGAAUUCUACAUCUUCUUCGGCCAUGUCGACGUCAAGAUGAGAGCCGCCAAUGGCACCGGUAUCGUCAGCACCUGGAUUCUCGAAUCCGAUGAUCUCGACGAAAUCGACUGGGAGCAAAUCAGCACCUACGACACCGAGAUCCAAACCGACUACUUCGGCAAAGGAAACACCACAUCCUACGACCGCGGCACAACUGUGACCGUCUCCACUCCCGAAGAGACCUUCCACACGUACUCGAUCGACUGGACCUCCGAGAGAAUCGAAUGGCUCCUCGACGGCGAAGUCGUCCGCACACUCGAGUACGCCGACGCCGUCGACGGAUCCAACUACCCCCAGACACCCAUGCGCAUCCGCAUCGGUAUCUGGGCCGGUGGCGACCCCGAUAACUCGGAGGGUACGAUCGAGUGGGCUGGUGGUGAGACGGACUACACCGCCGCGCCUUUCACGAUGUAUGUCGAGUCUGUCGAUAUCAUCAACUACAACCCCGCUUCGGCAUACAAGUAUACCGAUAAGACGGGUGCGUAUACUAGCAUCAAGGCUACUAAUGGUACCACUGCCACGAACUUGAGUACUUCGAACUCUAGCUCGAUUGUGGCUUCUAGUAAGACUUCUUCGUCGGCACGGGCUAGCUCCUCGGCCUAUGCUUCGGCUUCGGCUUCGGCUUCUGCGGCGGCUUCUUCGGUCGGUGUUGUCUCUGCUGCUUCGGCUUCUUACUAUUGCUCUGCUCUUACUAUCGCCAUGGUCUCUUUGAUCGCUGGUGUGGCUCAGUUCUAG